AAACAGGAUGGUGCCGGGUGCGUUCUGGCAGGAAGGAACGUUCUGUCGAGAUACGAGUGUGUUACAUUGCUACAGCGACUCUGAGAAAAAAGACGAGUGUUCGUUAUUGAGAACACCGGCUUCCUCGUGGCUGCAUCAUGCGAACGUUGCUACUGCUCUGUGCUGUGAUCGCAUUAUGCUGGUCAACGAUUCAGCUUCGAAGCGAAUUCGCCGCGAACUGGAUCCUCAAUUAUGAUGCGCCGCUGUCGCUGCGAAGCGCCAGAUAUAAAUACGAAAUCAAGACGUUCGACGUGCACGUGGAUCACUUCAGCUUCGCUGUACAAGACACCUUCAAAUUGAGAUAUCUCAUAAAUGAUACUUGGCGAAAACAGCAAAAUGCCCCUAUAUUCUUCUACACCGGAAACGAAGGCAACAUCGAAGUUUUUGCGCAGAAUACGGGCUUUCUAUGGGAAAUUGCACCAAAAUUCGAUGCAUUGGUAAUAUUCGCUGAGCACCGUUAUUAUGGCGAAUCGUUACCUUACGGAAACCAGUCCUUCGCGGAUCUGCAUCAUCGCGGCUAUCUGACGUCCCAACAAGCUCUAGCUGAUUAUGUAGAACUUAUCGCACAUCUGAAGUCGCAACCAGGAUAUGAGCGUAGUCCGGUCAUAGUUUUCGGUGGCUCUUACGGUGGUAUGCUUAGCGCUUGGAUGCGCAUGAAGUAUCCCCAAGUUGUUCAAGGCGCGAUUGCAUCUUCCGCGCCACUUCUACAGUUUACUGGUAUUGUGGAUUGCGAGGUGUUUGCUCGGAUAACAACCUCGGACUAUAAAAUAGCAAAUCCAACGUGUCCGAAGCUUAUCCAGAAGGCGUGGAGCACGAUAACAAAUGUGACUUCAAACGACGAGGGCAAAAAAUGGCUGUCGGAUAAUUGGAAACUGUGCGAGUCACUGAAAACCGCGGAGGAUGUUAAAACGCUGAAAAAUUUCUUACAGGAAGUCUACAUAAACCUGGCCAUGGUCAACUAUCCGUACGAAACUAACUUCUUAGCGCCAUUACCUGGAAAUCCGAUUAAUGUUUUCUGUCAACAUUUAACAAACGUGUCAUUAACGGGAAAACCGCUGUUAUUGGCACUUCAUCGAGCUAUCAGUGUUUAUACCAACUAUACAGGAAAAACAAAUUGUACCUCCAUAAAAAAUGCAGAGCCAGGCUUGGACGCUGAUCAGGGAUGGGAUUAUCAAGCAUGCACAGAAAUGGUGAUGCCGAUAUGUACCGAUGGCAUCAAUGAUAUGUUUGAGCCGGUGAAGUGGAGUAUCGCAGAUUAUAACGAUACCUGUUUCAAGAAAUAUUCUGUAUCGCCGCAACCUUAUCUAGUUUGUGAGCAGUACGGUUGUCAGGAUUUUAGCAGCGCAAGUAACAUCAUUUUCAGCAACGGAUUACUAGAUCCGUGGGCGAGCGGAGGUGUACUCCGCAAUUUAUCCCAGUCAGCGAUUGCAAUAAUAAUGCCGGAUGCUGCGCAUCAUCUUGACUUACGAGAAACUAACAGUAACGAUCCAUACAGUGUUCGCAUGACACGCAAAUUCCAUCGAUUUUGGAUUGACAAGUGGAUCAGGGAAUAUUGAUAGAAUAGGAAAUUUUUAAAGUUCGAUGUGAUGAAAGUAGUUCGCGAGAUUAUCAGGAAUAACGGCUGAUCGAAAUUUGUCUUCUUUAUUUCUUAAAUAAAAAAUACAAAAACAGGACACCUACGUCGCGACAACAAUAAAUACUCAGCGCUGGCUCGGCUAUAACGCUAAACAAAGUAUUUGGCGAAAACUCAAUCAAAAACAUACGCGAAAAAGCAUUUCGGUAUCACAGUAAAUAAUAAAUGCACAUAUCUCGUUAGACAUUCUAAAAGAUCUACGAGAGAGUAUAAAACAUUUAGACAACGCAAAAUCCAUUUAAAAACGUGUGAUUUUCCCGGACGUUCUCGCGAUAUUUUUAAAUGUUCACGUUGUCUAAAAAUCUUUUGUCACGAAUCUAAUAUCACUAUAGCACAUAAAAAUGGCUACUUAAUCAAAUAAAACGUUCUAACGCUCGUAAUGCUCUAUCGCAAUUAUUUGAUAAUGAUAUUUCAUAUUAAUUAUAAAUGUUUGCGCUGUAUUAUCUCUAGUUUAUUUUUUUUAUUGUUUUAUGUAAUUUCUUAUGCCAAGUUUGUCCGAAGGAAUCAUGUAGGGAGCAAGUAUAAGCGAAUAAAGCUACCGAAGAGAGAUAUACGAAUUCCUAAAUGUAGAAUAAAUUUCUCUUGAGAGAAACAUCGUAUUUUUAACCGAAUCUAUAAAUAUUAUGUAAAUAUGAUAUCAUGAAUUUAUAGUUCGAGUUUCUGAAAUCUUUGUCAUUCCACAGGUACAGCAUUGUCUUUUCACUUUUCUAAUGGACUCAUAUCAUUUUCUAUAUUACUAGAAUGAUCUCUCUCGUAUAUUAUAUUAACACGAAAAUGUAUAUUUCUAAUAAUAUUUUAACAUGUACGAUUUGUGACUCUGUUGGAAUACUUUUGUUACAUUAUAUCUUAUAAAUAAAAAAUUGAAUACUCUUGGACAAAUACUUGUGCCUUCUAUGGCGUGCUCCAAAGUGUUUCAAUAAAGAAUACGUUUAAAUAGUUUUGGAUUCGUCUACUGUGUCUGUGACCAGUGUUAAAUUAUGUUCUCAAUCAUAUUUACGAUAUAAUUAGGCAUCUUUCGCACAUAUUACAUCUGUAUAAAAACAAGAAGAGAGUUUCGAGAUAUCAUUUAAAUUUUAAAAGUAAUACAGGACAUUCUCUCUCUCUCUCUCUCUCUCUCUCUCGCGCGCGCGCUCGCGCGAAACCGCAAACGAGUAUAUUAUCUAAUCGCACCAAGUCGAUACGAGUACAUUGCAAAUAUACUGCACGUUUACGCAAACAAACAUGGAUGCGUGAGUCA